UGGAAAUUCUUCUUGUAUCUCGUUUUCGAACAAUGAGAAUAGAUUAGGUCAAAUGGAUCUGGAUCAAAGGGCAGUAGUACAUGGGGGUGAGAUCGUACAAGUGUCGGCCGGUAAAUUCCGGCUGUUAUUUAUGCCGUGAAGAAAGAUUUCCAGGGCGCAUGGGCAAACACCCACACAGGACUUUGCACUUCUUACCCCAGCGUCGAUAUGAAGUGGCUCUACCGUAAGUUUACCUGUUGAAUUAUUGGUUAAACAAAACCCUGCAUGUGCUUGGAAGGGGUGUUACUUCUCAAAGGACUCAACCUUUUAUCUUACUAAUGUGAUUUGAGAUGGAGAUAAAAAUGGGGAAAAGGUGUCUUUGUCAGAUAUUCAGCCGGAGUAGAAUCUAGUUCGGAAGUGAAAGGCGCGCUGUCAAAAUCGCUGUUGAGUUUAUUGCACCCCUCAGACAUGAAUGUGUCUACCCCAAGGGUAUAAAUGCCCAAAAUAGAUCAAUUGACGUAAAGUAUAGGCUCCGCUCCCUCACUGCAUCACGUGGUGUAAAAUAUCCAGACGACAGUAACUUCUGAUUUGGAGUUGUUCCGAGUUUUAUUGACUAACAAGUUACCAGACAGACAACGCUGAGUAUUACGUGUCCAUCCAAACUUUAGGAUGACUGAUCUGACACACAAGUGAGAGAAGGGAAGACCGGCGGAGCUGCAUGGUAUUUUCGGAUGGAAUUGUUGUGUCCGGCACAUCAUGGCAAAUUUAUCGGCAAAUAUGGACUACUCGCACAACACGCUUCAAGAAGAGUACAACGGACCAACCAGAAACUUCCACACGGGCUUCCAUUCACAUGGCACUCCGUAUGUACCCGUGGGUAGACUUCCAUUGAUCACAGCAGAAACGACGUCAUUCCAAAGCAGUAGGUUUGGACCCAGAGGAUCGAUACCACACCUACCGAACCGAUGUGUGUCAGGACCAGGAUUCGUAGAUUUUCGGCCUGAUGCGCAGAUAUCUAGAGGUAGGGAAACCUGUUUCUGUCCGGACUGUUUGCACCGAUGUAGGUCAACGGUCUCCGAAUGCCUUUAUAAAUGUACAAAUGAUUUGAAUGCAAGGACACCCACAUUCCCCGACCAAAUGCAUCCCACCCACGUCUCCACAGUGCACGGAGUGUCACCUCACGCCGGGGCUUUCACAACUACCCAUUCCUAUCAUAGAGGAAUGCAGUCGGUGGGUUUUCGGCCGCCACAGCAGCACUUCAUCAAUUCUGACCGUAGUAGCUCAGCAUACACCCACAUGAUGGGAAACGCUGACGAGGAAUACGUGACCGUUCCGGAACCGAUGUCUGCCCGACCAGGCAUCCGGUCAACGAACCCCGCCGACAACCAAGGUCGGCCGAUAGACGAAGAACCUCUCGACCUUUCGGCAUCUGGGAGUAGUGCCAAGGUUGCGUUCUUCAACAACAAUCAGAAAUGCAGACGCAGCAUUGGCACGGAACCUCUUGCAAAGCGGAUACGACUCUGUCAUUCUCAAACCCAACCAGCAAGAAUUGACACCCGUCGGUUAGUGUCUUCCCGUGAUGUCCUGGGGACAAAUCUGUCCACGUGCACAGAAAAUCCCGACUUUCCAGGCUCACACGAGGAACCAGCAGGUGACAGGCUUGAGUUCCUCCAGGAGUCUGCGGAACUUCCAAGAAAUGUCGUAACACAAAUAUCAGGUUCUGAACCUCAACUCUUCGCAAACUCCUUCCUUGGUUUCUCCCCUUCCUCACCGCAGAAAGUCGCAGAAAGCGCACAUUAUAAUUCGUUAGAAGAACCUACCCAACGGAUAAUUGCUGAAGAAAAUCGCCAGGCUGCCUACAUAAGAAGCAGUGACGGCCGAGGUGAAGGUAACGCGAGGACAAUGUCGUUAGGCAUGGCUUCACCGGACUUACAGCCGUGGGUGUCCACUGGCAGUCCAUCGGUAAACUUACAGUACGAUCACGCAGUCUUUCGCGCCAACACCAGUAAGCAUACCGUGCUUAUACCCCUAGGUAAUGUUAUCGUCCCUGUUCAAGGCAUCCGUGCAUUCAGGAUCGCAGAAAGGCCAUUGGUAGUGCAAUGCAAGAGUGCCCUUGCGCCACAGGAAGAGAAGAAUGACGAAUAUGUACAGUUACGACAGUACCUGACCAGGGACAAUGGUCUUGUUGGGGAUCAAACACAUUCUCAGGCUAAAACAGACGUACAUCACCAAUUGCCUCCAAAUAUGGAAAGGCCAUCGUCUAAAGGGCAUCAAGUGUGCCAAUGCCCCUCUAACAGAAUGACAGAGAGUUGUACAAAGAGCAAGGGAAACAGAAGCCAAAUCGGGACAGAUGAGAUUACCUGCCAGCCGCCUCUACCGCGGCACCGACCAGAGGAUGGAAAUUCACUAGCGACAUCGCCGGAUGCAUGCAUUACAAGUUCCCUGCCUCUUCUUGUGUCUUUACUUACAGGACAAGCGGAAGCAUCUUCCGGCCGCCCCAACGUCUCCUCCCAUGUAUCUCUGCCGCCAAACGUUACUAGUACUGCACCAUUCCUCUCCCCCGAGCCUCCUUUAGCACAAAACAAUUCAGACGGCAUUAAGUCCAAACGAAGUUCUGUGACUGUAGGUUCGAAUGGUGUGAGCCUAUCUGCUGGAGACCACCGGCACCCUGAGCAAACCAACACACCGUAUGGACUGGAUGAAAAUGUUGCGCUAUCCGCCGCCCAAGUGCCGAUUGACUGUCCCAACUGGCCAUUACAAGGGAACUCACCACAAGCCGAACAGCCUGAAUCACCAGGUGUAUGUGUAAACCAGAAGACUGAGAAGGAUGGGUGCACGUGGAUUGACCAGGCGAUCGAGGGCGUCGUGUUGGGAGCCCUCUUCGACCGCCCUUUCUCAGAACUCUUCGACUUCUGGAUGAGUUGUCAGCCUGUAUUCCUAGUGACGGAAGGGUCAGUUCACGCACUGAAGUAACACAUAGGGUAAACUGUGGGUCAAACGCAAGUCUGUACAAACAGCCGAGGCGUCUUCAUUUGCCAUCAGAUAAAACUAGUUCUGGGACUGAGAAACAGGAUACAAAACCAUCGUCUUGAAAGAACAAGCCACAUGUAGUCCUGUUCAGCACAUGUAAAAUAUGAGGAGGCUCCAUCCAUAUUUAGCGAGUCAGUUCUGCGAUAAAGGGACAUUCAAUAACCAUGCGAUUAUCUAAC